AUGCCGACGUCCGACCUCCCGCCGCCAGCCUCGCCUCCGCCCGGCGCGGACAUGCUCUCCUUAUUGCAAGAUGGCGCCGCACCCGCUGCCGACCCUCCACCGCCUUAUCCCGCGCCUUCUCGCCGCGCACGUCGACUACGGCGGCUCGCUCAUGCCAGUGGUGGAGAACAGGAGCAUAAUGAUGAUUGGCCGGUGUCACCGAGCGAGGAUAAUGAGGGGGAGCCGGACGAGCGCGCGCCGUUGCUGGGCCAUCGGCCGCCUGGCGGAUUGCGCCCUCGUGCGCUGAGCCAGAGCAGCGCAUCACCCAGCGCCAUCAGCGGCGCACCCAGUCUCGUGCAGGCGCUACGAUUGGACCUGGACUCGGAUGUGGAGGACGACGAAGAUGACGAGGAAGGUCAUACGGAGCGAGGGGAGUUGAGCGUCGAGGAAUCGGAUUCGCCAACAUCGCCGACCACGAGACCGAGGAGGUCAUUCUGGGGAAGGGUGAAGCUAUAUUUCAAGCCCUUGGUCCGACGAGCGUAUUGGGCAGCGGUGUUCCACUUGCUGGUGCUCAACUUCCCGUAUGCACUGCUCGCGGCGGUGUAUCUCUUCGUCUUUACACUGGUCGGCACGACGCUGCUCGUGGCACUCCCAUUAGGCGCGGUCGUGUGCUUCUUCGAUCUGCUCGGCGCACGCGCGUUGGCUCGAGGCGAGGUCUUACUGCAGACGACGUACCAUGGCCCGCUGGGCUAUGAGCUCGUUGCGCCCCUCCCCCCGAUAUUUACCCGGACGAGGGCGCCAACGACUGCCGAGCUAGAAGACGGAACCAGUGGCCCACAGCGUGAGCGCUCGUUUUACCGCAACACAUACGCAAUGUUCACGGACCCGACGUCUUACCACGCCCUAUUCUACUUUCUCGUCAUCAAGCCGAGCAUGACACUCUUGUUAUCGCUGUUCUUAGUGCUCGUUGUACCGCUGAGCAUUGCACUCGUGCUGCCUGCGCCUGCCGCUUUACGUCUCACGCGCAGGCUCGGCAUCUGGCAGGCGAACAUCGCCGUCGAAGGUCUUUACAUGGGCGGCACGGGCUGA